UUGCCAAAGUGGAAAAAGCAUUUUGAUCAUGAUCCUAAUCUUGAUGUACCCGAUCUUAAUCGAUUUAACAGAACCCGUGAGGUGUACCUUCGUAUGGCCCAAGUAAUGCUUGCGGGUGGGGAACGUGAUAGUUUUCAACACUUUUACACUAAACUGGAGGAAGCCAUGUUGUCUACACCGACACCAGUGCCAGAACCACCAAACCCACAUCUUGUAAGACGUCCACAGUGGUCUCCCUAUGAGCACUGUAAAUCUGUGCAUCAUUCACCAUGGCGAGUAGAGAAUAAUGGUCGAGCCAUGGCCCUUGGUCCAUCUAAUACGACUGAAGAUGAAAUGCAAAGUCGUUUCUUUUCUAAUGAUCAAUUCUUGGUGCAUGCCGCGAAGGAGGUUUUACGAGUUGUACUACAAGAACACCGUCGUGCUCAUCCUGAUGCAUGUAGUAGAGGAGAUAAUGAAGCCUUUUUU